AUGGCAUACCCCAAAAGCUCUCUUGUCCUUGCACUUCUCUCUAUGUUCAUUUCCUUAGUGAUAGCAUCUCCUGUGACAUACAAUGUGGUGAGUUUGGGAGCCAAGGGAGAUGGGAAAACGGACUCGACUCAGGCUUUUGUUAGUGCAUGGACAAAAGCUUGUGCCUCAGUAAGUCCUGCCAUAAUUUAUGUGCCAGCAGGGAGGUUCUAUCUCGGGCAAGUGGUUUUCAGUGGACCAUGUAAGAACAAUGCUAUCACUGUGCGCAUAGAUGGGACACUUGUGGCUCCAGCAGACUAUAGGGUCCUUGGAAAUACAGGAAACUGGCUUUUGUUUAAACAUGUUGAUGGGGUUACCAUAUCUGGUGGAAUUCUUGAUGGCCAAGGCACUGGUUUGUGGGCUUGCAAAGCUUCUGGCAAUAGUUGUCCUUCGGGAGCCACGACAUUGGAAUUUUCAAAUUCGAACAACAUUGCAGUCCAUGCAUUAACCUCCCGAAACAGCCAAAUGUUCCACAUCGUCAUCAAUGCUUGCCACAAUGUGAAAAUGCAAGGUGUCAAGGUCACUGCUGCUGGAAACAGUCCAAACACCGAUGGAAUUCAUGUUCAAUUAUCUUCAAGUGUCACAAUUCUCAACUCCAAGAUUGGGACUGGUGAUGAUUGCAUCUCAAUUGGCCCUGGUACCACUAACUUGUGGAUUGAGAAUGUUGCAUGCGGACCUGGGCAUGGAAUUAGCAUUGGGAGUCUAGGUAAGGACCAGCAAGAGGCUGGGGUACAAAAUGUGACAGUUAAAACAGCUACUUUUACUGGUACUCAGAAUGGGGUGAGGAUUAAGUCAUGGGGAAGGCCUAGCAAUGGCUUUGCUAAGAACAUUCUAUUCCAACAUGCCGUUAUGACAAAUGUCCAGAAUCCUAUAGUAAUUGACCAAAAUUACUGUCCUGGCAAUAAGGGAUGCCCUGGUCAGGCUUCUGGAGUAAAAAUUAGUGAUGUGACAUACCAAGAUAUCCAUGGAACAUCAGCAACAGAGGUUGCUGUGAAAUUUGAUUGUAGUUCGGGAAAUCCAUGCUCUAGAAUAAGAUUGGAGGAUGUAAAGCUCACUUACAAGAAUCAAGUAGCCCAAGCUUCGUGUAGCCAUGCUGCUGGAACAUCUACUGGUUUUGUCCAGCCCACAAGUUGCUUGUAG